AUUUGACUGACAUUCUUUCAGAGCCAAUUGACAGGAACGUCAGCUAUGCUGCCGAUGGAUGACGAUGAGGGAAGUCGGCUGUCUUUCAACUUUGCUCACUUUCGCACUUAUAACUUGAGCAUCGCUCUCCGUUGAUACGACCCAAAUCCAUUCGCCACGUUGUUUCCGAUAUUCCAUACCAGUCAGUCAAUAAUCAGGCCGUAUCAUUUAGUUACCAUGUACUGCAAAAACAUCGCAAUCGCUCUGGCUGUGGCCACCGGCGUCAUUGCCCAGCGCCCUACCGACACGCCCAUCUGCGAUUACUACACAACGGCGCUGUUGAAGAACAACACUGGCGCAAACCAGUACACGCUGCUCACGCUCUUGGUUAACACUGUCGUUAUUGGAAACUACACAAUGCCGAACGUCGGUAUCAAGGUCGAUGGUAUCCUGGCACCUGGCAUGUACAACGGUACCGAGGUCAACCUACUCCCUUACUUCAACGGGGACUUGGCUUCGUCAAACCGAGGUGGCAGUUCCGGCGUGUCAGUCAACUUCCUGGAUGGCGGCGGCGCUGCGCCUUUGAUGAAGAACAUGCCCGCCAACGAUGACACAUCCAAGCAAUACUUCCUCUUGACCCAUCUGUACCAAUUCUUCGGUGCCCUCCUCGGCUGUUCUCAAUACGGCAUGACAGGCUUCCCCAAGUACAGCGGCUUUGCUUCCAUGUACGAGGUACACAAGUUCAUGGACUUGGACGAGAACGAGCUGGGUUACUUCAUCACCCAGGUUGCCAUGGCUGCUGCCUCUUUUGGUGUCGCUCAAGAUGACCUCAAGGCAGUCGGUAUGGCUUUGAACCAACUCUUCGGCAUGCGCUGCAGCCAGCCUGCCACCGCCAUCCCGGAGCAGGGCCCUCAGCUGCAGGCCAUCUGCAUCGAAGAUAGCUGCCCCAUCUCUGCCAACUCUACCUGUGCCAGCUACCAACCCGCCAUGGCCCCGAAGAAUGCAACUGCGACAGGAGGCAUGAAUGCCACCAUGACUGCUACCAUGACAGGAGCUACGAUGACCUCAACAAUGACUCCAAGCACGGUUCCAACGGCAGGUGCCGCUGUUCAGGGCGUCAGCUUGACUCUCAUCGCCGGGCUGCUGGCCUGCCUCGUUUGAGGUCAAUAACCGCAGGGAGGACCAAACCUCAGGAAAGGAUGAAUGCAGUGGGGAAAGGGGAGAAUAGCAGAUACCAAAGAGAGAAUCUGACAGGAUUUGUCUUCGCUUAUUCAAUUGACCUAAUUUUGAAC